AAAACAAUGCUCUUGUUGCUGCUGUUGUCAAAUGACAAAGCACAAAAAAGAAAAAGCGCGAAAAUGUAGUCGCAAAUGAAUGUAAUGAAUUUGAUUAUGACCUACGCAUUUAUGUGUGUGUUUAUCUGUGUGUGCCUAAUGUUGCAAUAGCUAUGAAAGUCAAGAGCUAAACAUCCAAACAGCAGCAACAACAUCAUCAACAUCAAUAACAACAGCAAGAUCAACAAUAGUCGUCAUCAAGUCAUCGAGUGUUAAUUUGUGACUAAUUUUUUGUUUUGCCUGAUUAUUAAAUAAAUCAAAAUAGAGAAGAACAACAAGAGCAAGAACAACGACAACCAUCAGCUGCUGCAACCGCUUGAGGCAUCAGUUAUCGAUCCGCAGUGAUAACAGCAACGGCCACAUAAACUGAAAUUGAAACAUAAAAUUCUUUAAAUAGAGAGAGCGAAGCCCGCACAAGUCACUUGUCGCUCGACAAAUUGGCGCCGCAAAAAAAGAGGGAAAAAACACAACAACAAUAAUUGUUGAUUUGAUUUGAAUUUUGACUUUGAUUCAGUUGUUGGCGCCCACACCGAAUGCAUUUCCAUUUGCCCAGCGAGGCGGCAACAGCAACAGCAACUGCAGCAACAGCAACAACGGUCGUCAGCGACCUCAACAGCUACUAUACGGGCGCAAUUGCAAUCGAAACAGGAGCUGUCCCGGCUGUGGCACCAGUCAGCGGCAGCGUCAGCAUCAACAGCAGCAGCAGCAGCAGCAGCAUCAUCGACGGCGGCAAUCGCAGCAUGGUCACAUCAUCAGCGUCGCCAACGGGUACGGGCUGGUCAGCGCCAGCGGAAUAUAAGAGCGCCAAUACAGCUGUUGCUGCUGCCACCGCCGGUGGCUCAGCCGCUGCGGCGAUCAUGUGCGAGGUGUUGCCGUCGAGCAGUGCCAGUGUUGGCAGCAGUUCGCCAACAGGUGGCGCCAGCAAUGGCACCGCCAACAGUGCCAACAGUGGCAGUGGCAAUAAAAUCAAUAUCAACAACAACAACAACAACAACAGCAGUAGCAACAACAUUAAUAAUAAUAAUAAUAAUAAUAAUAAUAGUCGCAACAAUAACAACAGCAAUAAUAGCAACAAUGCAGUGCAUCAAGAUUUGUUAUGGAUGGAGCGAUUUGUGCUCGAACGACAACAGGAAUAUCCCGGCGAAUUGGUGCGCACCAGCAAUCCGUACUUCCUCUGCUCCGCCCUGCCCUCCCAUUGGCGCUCGAAUAAAACUCUGCCGCUGGCCUUUAAAGUUGUCGCCCUGGCGGACGUCGGCGAUGGCACCUAUGUGACCAUCCGGGCGGGCAACGACGAGAACUGCUGUGCCGAGCUGCGCAACUACACAGCCCAGAUGAAGAACGGCGUGGCCAAGUUCAACGAUCUGCGCUUCGUCGGACGCAGUGGUCGAGGAAAGAGCUUUACGCUAACAAUUACCGUUGCAACAAGCCCGCCACAAGUUGCCACCUAUGCCAAAGCCAUCAAAGUGACAGUGGACGGUCCCCGGGAGCCGCGCUCCAAGAUAAGUUCAACCGGCGGUCCGCAGUAUCGUGCUCUCGGCCUGGGCCAGCGACCAUUUAUAGACGGCUUCCCGAAAACAUUUCACGAGCUGGAAACGCUGCGACACUCGGCAAAGGUUGCGGCUGCUACAACGGCAGCGGCGGCUGCUGCGGUGUCGGUUGCAUCGGCUGGCAACGCGCUGACCACAAACGCGAGCAUUGCCCAGCAAUUGGGUAGCAAUUACUCAUCGUCAAAUAGUACAAUAAAUUCGGAUUGCCAGGGCUACAAGCCUAACGCACCACAAAUUCAAGAAACCGAUCUGAUAGGCGCCGCUGAGUGGACGGGCUCGGCCAGCUCCGGUGCUAACAUCGCGUAUCCGGUGGGCGUCGGAGUGGGCGUGCCCUAUCAUCAUGCCCACCACACCCACUCGCACUCGCACUCGCACUCGCAUUCGCAUUCGCAUAGCCACGCGGCGCACCACCAUCACCACCUGCAGCAUCAGGUGGCGCUCCCACCCCCACCCCCGCCUCCGGCUGCUGCUCCGGUGCCAGUGCCGGUGCCGGUGGGGACGGCGUCGGCCAUGAACCACUAUAGCAGCGCCAUGGGCGGCUACGAGACAACCACGCUGGACGCGGCCAACUACCACAUAUCGACGGUGCUUCCCGAGAUGCACGGCUUCUCCGCCGACCCGUAUCAGACGGCCGCGGCCAGUGGCUACUGUGGCACCAGCUCCAAGUCAGAUCUAGAGACGCUCAACGCCAGCUACGGAGCGACGCCCACGGCCUACAACAAUGCGGCGGCCUGGUCGAAUGGCUACAACAACUACCAAUACGGCAGUUGCUCAGCAACGGCGGCCCAAUACGGCGGAGCCGCUGGCCAUGCCACGGCGCCGCCGCCUCCUGUCGUGCUAUAUCCACAACUCUACUCAACGGUCAACCAGAACCAGAUACAUCUGCACUUGCACAGCAGCGAGAAGCUGGAGCAGUACCUGGCCACGGACCAGCAGCUGACGAUCAGCUCGCUGGCCAGCAAUCGCUCCAGCAUCGAGAUUGGCUUGGGCACUGGCCUCAGCGGCGGCGUAUCGCUCGGCGAACAGGACCAGCAGGCGGCCGUUGCCAUUGCCGAGCAGGCGGCCGAGGGCGCCAGCCAGAACAAUUAUCAUUUGCAUCAUCAUCAUCAUCAAGAGCAGCAGCAGCAGCAGCAGCAGCAGCUCGAGGCGCAGCGGCAGCUGGAGGCACAGCACCAGCAACAGCAACAACAACAACAACAGCACCAGCAACAGCAGCAGCAGCAUCCAAACGAUGUGAGCAAUGAGGCGGCACGCGAAGAGGAUGUCGGCGAUAUGACGCAAGUCUGGCGUCCCUAUUGACCCGAUCUGAUGGCAGGGCCACUCCAAAGAACACGCGCCUUUCUGCACAUAGAACUGAACUGAAAACCAAAAUGAAAAUCAAAUUUGUGCGUGUAUAUUUUCUACUCUUCUUCUUCUUCUUUAUGUUUUUAUCUUGCCUAUGAUAUUUAGCACGAUGCAGAAAUCAUCUGAACAUAUUCGAAUAUCAAAUAUGAACUUAAAAUUUUUUUUUUUUUUUUUUUUAACAUACAUAGAUCGAUAAGAACUGUAAAUAGUUUCCAUAUAAAUAAAUAUAUAAUAAUUGUAUGUAUUGGUAUGGCGCACUAAACAUUUAUACUAAAUUCUUAGUAUGUACAACUAAACUCUUAAGUAUUUUUUUUUUAUAGGCUUAAGUGUAGAUUAGUUGCGUCAUGUGGCAGAGAAAUGUCCGAUGCGAUUUUUGUUAUUUUGUGUAAGUGACGCCGAAGCAACGAUGGAAGACUAUUA